UCCCCACCACCGACAUUGCUUGACCGAGAGAGCAAUCAAUCCGUGUACACGUACGUACAGCAUUCGUGUGCCAACAUCGUGAUGGAUGUGGUGAGUAUAUGUACACAUGACUGAGAGUUUUUUACACGACGAUGCAGGGAAGUGUGCAGGCAGUGUGAGUUUCUUCGUCCGUGUCAGUCAGUGUGUGAGAGCUGUGCUGACGUGUGCUGUGUAGUAGCUACACAGGACAUUGAACAUUGACCUCAAGUCACGAGUGUGUCCAUCAUGAUGAAUGGCGGGCAGAUACGUACGCACAUGUACGUACGCGCCAGUCAAUGAUAUGUCAAAAAGUAUCGCCACUUGCCCCUCCCCUCUCUCUCGGCUGACUGCUUUGCUUUGCUUUGCUUACUCCACAUAAAGUGUAAGUACGUGACACAUACAAAAGGCCACAAACAAACACGCCUAACGUGUGUGUGCGAUCAUUGGGUCAUCAUCUCUGCCUGCUCUUCAUGUACAUGUACGCAGCGACCAGCGCCACCGACACGCCCGCAACCACGACAGGCACCAAGGGAAACGACACUGAUCGCGACGGCGGCGCCUGAUCCGUCCACACACGCAUCCAUCCAUGUGUGUGCUUGUGUGUAUGUCUAUGUCUGGCUUACCUCCUGGGCCCAUUUGGGCACGUUGGUCUUGAGCAGCGUGCCGGUGGGUCCAGUGUCGUUCUCGUGUCCCACCAGAGUGCCGACUUCGAACUCCUGGGCCUUGUCCCUGGCGAAGUCGCUGUGGCCCACGUCCUCAUACUCGUCGGACACAUCCCGACCUGCACCAUCGACCACAGACACAGACACAGACACAGACACACAGACACAGACACAGACAGGCACAGAGUGAGAGAUUUCGGCAAAGACAGACAGAAAGACAGAGAGGGAGGGAGAGGCAGGCAGUGCGCUCAGACUGCCGACAGACAGACAUGUAUGUAUCUAUACACACCUGCGAUUCUGACGACGACUUCGGGGCCGCCCGGAUGGUCCUUGAGGAAGGGCGUCACAUCAUAUACCUGCAAUGGAUGGACCGGUGGGGUGGACCGAUGGACACACACAACACACACACAGAAGGGUUGCAUUCCACAUCACAUGUGUGGAAUGCCAGCGGAUGUGUGUGCGCGUGUGCGUAUGUUUUUGGUUUGAUUGACUGACUGAUUAACUGACUGACCUUGCCGUGCACGGCUAUCCAGCAGUCCUUCUCACGCGUGUGCUUGGCCAGCUCAUCCACACUGAUCACACGCACCAUGAUCUCCUGCAGCUUCUGCUUCAACGCAGUCAAGACUCUCCAGCAGGCUGCCGCGAGCUUGAAACCGAUCAU